AUGACCACAGCCAUAGCUAUAGAGGAUGUCAGAAGAGAAGUGAAGAUUUUAAGAGCUUUGACAGGGCAUUCCAACCUAGUCCAAUUUUAUGAUGCCUAUGAAGAUAAUGAAAACGUGUAUAUAAUAAUGGAGUUAUGUGAAGGUGGGGAGCUUUUAGAUCGGAUUCUUUCAAGAGGUGGAAAAUAUUCAGAAGGUGAUGCAAAGGCUGUCAUGGUACAGAUAUUAAAUGUUGUUGCAUUUUGCCAUCUCCAAGGAGUGGUACAUCGGGAUCUCAAACCCGAGAAUUUCCUUUUUACUUCCAAGGAUGAGAGCUCCCAGCUAAAGGCUAUAGAUUUUGGCUUAUCAGAUUUUGUGAAGCCAGACGAAAGGCUUAAUGACAUUGUCGGAAGUGCAUAUUAUGUUGCACCUGAAGUUCUUCAUAGAUCAUACAGCACAGAAGCUGAUGUGUGGAGUAUUGGUGUGGUUGCAUAUAUUCUCCUCUGUGGCAGUCGUCCAUUUUGGGCCCGUACCGAGUCUGGUAUAUUUAGGGCUGUGUUGAAAGCUGAACCUAGUUUUAGUGAGCCACCUUGGCCUUCUUUGUCUCCUGAAGCAAAAGAUUUUGUUCGGCGCUUGUUGAGUAAGGAUCCACGAAGAAGGAUGACUGCUGCACAGGCAUUGAGCCAUCCAUGGAUUAGAAAUUGCAGUGAUAUAAAGCCACCACUCGAUAUUCUUACAUUCCGACUUAUUAAAGCCUACAUGCGUUCAUCAUCCUUACGUAAAGCUGCUUUAAGGGCUUUGUCCAAGACAUUGACCGUGGAUGAACUUCUUUAUCUGAAGGGGCAGUUUUCCCUCUUGGAACCAAAUAAAAAUGGAUGCAUAACUCUAGACAAUAUCAAGAUGGCGUUGAUGAAAAAUGCAACUGAUGCUAUGAAGGAAUCCUGCAUCCAGGAUCUUUUCGUCUCACUUAGUGCUCUUCAAUACCGAAGAAUGGAUUUUGAUGAAUUCUGUGCGGCUACAUUAAGUGUGCAUCAGCUUGAAGGUCUGGAUGGAUGGGAGCAGCAUGCUCGUUGUGCUUACGAGCUUUUUGAGAAGGAUGGAAACCGGGCUAUUGUCAUCGAGGAACUUGCUUCA